CAAGUAGCCCUCUGAUUGGCUGAUGGUCUGACGGCCGGAGGCUAAAAUGUGUGGCAUCAAAGGGACAAAAAUGUGAAAUGACUUAAAAGGUUUUACCAGCACUUUAGUAGAUGUGGCUUUUAAUUUUGAUGUGACCUUCUCCAGGACUGGAUAAACGAUGUCGGACGCUGAAGGUGCUCGCAGUCCUGACCAGCUGAACAAAUUCGAGAGACUGACAGGCAGGCCGCCGCACGGUGAGACGCUAGCAGGUUAUCGCACUCCUCCUGCCCGCAGUGGGCAUCGUUGUGUUGCAGACAACACAAACCUGUACGUUUUUGGAGGCUACAACCCCGACUACGAUGAGUCGGGAGGCUCAGACAAUGAAGAUUAUCCACUAUUCAGGGAGCUGUGGAGGUACCACUUUGUCACAGGUUGUUGGCAGCAGAUUCGAACAGAAGGCUACAUGCCCACAGAGCUGGCAUCCAUGUCAGCUGUUUUGCACGGAAACAACCUCCUGGUGUUUGGAGGCACUGGGAUCCCCUUUGGUGAAAAUAACGGCAACGAUGUUCACGUUUGUAAUGUGAAAUACAAGCGAUGGUCUCUGCUCAACUGCCGUGGGAAGAAGCCAAACAGAAUCUAUGGACAGGCAAUGGUCAUUAUUAAUGGCUUCCUGUAUGUGUUUGGAGGAACGACGGGCUACAUCUACAGCACAGACCUGCACAGGCUGGACCUGACCACCAGGGAGUGGAUCCACCUCAAACCCAAUAAUCCUCCUGACGAUCUGCCUGAGGAGCGCUACAGGCAUGAAAUAGCACAUGAUGGACAAAGGAUCUACAUUCUUGGAGGAGGGACUUCCUGGACAUCUUAUCCUCUGGACAAGGUGCAUGCUUACAAUCUAGAGACCAACUCCUGGGAGGAGAUCACUACAAAACCUCAUGACAAAAUAGGGUAUCCUGCUCCUAGGAGAUGCCAUAGCUGUGUGCAAAUACGAAAUGAUGUAUUUAUCUGUGGAGGCUACAACGGGGAGUUGAUAUUGGCUGAUCUGUGGAAGCUCAACCUGCAGACUUUCCAGUGGGGUAAAUUACCAGCAGUGAUGCCCGAGCCGGCCUAUUUUCACUGUGCUGCUGUCACUCCAGCUGGCUGCAUGUACAUCCAUGGCGGUGUUGUAAACAUUCACGAGAACAAGAGGACUGGCUCUCUAUUUAAGAUCUGGCUGGCAGUGCCCAGCCUACUGGAGCUAUGCUGGGAGAAGCUCAUCAAGGCUUUCCCCCAUCUGUCUUCACUUCCCACCAUCCAGCUGCUCAACCUGGGCCUAACGCAGGAACUCAUUGAACGCUUGAAAUGAGUGGCACAGUGGAGGAUGGACCGAGGAAUGGCUGAUUUGGGCUGGACUUAAGGGGAUGAGGUCUGAAAGAGCACAGAAGUUGAUUCACGACAAAAUUCUUGGGGAAAUGCCCUCUCACUCCCCUGCCUAACAUAGCCCUGCCUUAAAACCAAAAACAGUGGGGUGCCUUUUUUGUUUUUGUUCAUUGUUUUUUGCAGUUCCAGUGACAAUGAGGAUACAAACAUGGAAUGUUUGAUUCCUGACAUGAUGCCUUUGUGUCAAGUAUGAAAUCCUGCUUCUCAUCAGCCAAAUUGACCGCUGGAGGUACUUUAUUUUGCUCCAUGUUUUCACAGACUGCCCUCUCCCAAUUUAUUUUUAACCCACUUUCUCUAGAACUUUUAGGAAAUCAAUGCAAAGGAAGAAUGCAUGUAUAUUUAUUUGAAAGACUAGAUCUGUUUUGGGGAUAUUCUCAUCACCUGAAACUGCUGUUUGCACACACUGUCUUUACUUUUUUUAAUAGAGGGGACAAAUGGUUUUAAAAGUGGCACAGAGGGUUUGAAGAAGGCUCAUGCCAGUAUUUUUGCAAGUUUUAGUCAAUUUAAUACAAAUGUCAUAACUUUAAUUGCUGUUGACAUGCUGUAGUUUUGUUUUUUUUAGUUGGAAGUUUUUUCAGUUUUCUCUUUAAGGUAUUCACAUUAAACCCAUUACUUUGACUGUUUAGCUUAUACUUGCAAAAUGUUGACAUAAAUAAAAAUUAGACAUAACCUUCACUGUCGGGGAUAUUGAAUCUCAAACCUUCAGUCUUUCCUUGUUUUUAUAUGAAUGUGUUUAAACGUGUUUGCCUUGUGGUAAGGAAAACACACUGGAGUUGGUCGUAAGCACUAUUAUUUGUGGGAAAUUGACUAUAAUCUGAAGAAAGGGUUGAUUGUUGGUUGUCUGAGCCCUGGUGUUUUCAUUUUACAUUGUUACAGUAUAGACUAAUCUGGGAAAAAAAGGUAAAUGGAAGGUGGGUAUGUAAUGAAAUCUUUCAUCAUGUUUGCUUGCAGCUCUCAUUUGUAAAGUAAAUCAUGCAACCCAUCACUGUGAAUUUGGUGCUCUUAAAAUAAAAAAUAUUUAAAAUGCUUUUAUUCAAAUAAAGACUUGCUGUAACUGUUAAGUUUACUCCCUUUCUUGUCAUUUGUCACAGGGAGUCACUUUAGUAGCAGACUUGUAAAAACAUCUGUGUGUACUGUACUCUAGUGCCUUUCAAACCUGAUGAAGUUGAAAUGUUACUAUGAUUAGCAGUAUUAAGAGCUUUUCAUGUUUAGACAAAUGCGUUCUAUUUUGGAACAUUUUAUGAAUGAUUUAAAAGUGAACAUUUUAACGACUAAACAAUCCAGCCAUUAAUAAUAAAAAAAAAAAAUACACCAUAAUCAGUAAACAUGCUGGUAGUUAAAAUUAUGACUCAUCAGGGAGAUAUAGUUCUCUUCCUGUCAACAUUGAGGCAGCACAAAGUCUUCUGAGUAUUAAUCCUACAAGAACAUCUGUACCAUUUUAAAGGUCAUAUUUAAGUGAAUUCACCGUUGCCAAAUAAUACUGCACCUUGAGCAAAGUAUGAUUAUAAAUGAUGGAGAGGGAUGUUGGACUGGACUCCCACAAAUGCAUGGAUUUGCCUGCUUUCUUUCUCCACCCUACCUUUAUGUUCAAAAAACAAAAUGUGUGCUCCAUAAUGCUCUUUUUAUAUCAUCAUCAUCAUCAUCAUAACUUUACUUUGAGACAUAGUUCUAAGAUGAUAGUUGUACAGUAGACUUGAAUGUGAAUGUCAUGUUGGAGUUGUCAAUAAAAGUGUUCCGUAAAUA